CUCGGGGGCUGGGCCCUCCCCGCCGGGACGCCCCGGGGACCCGCCGCUGGCAACGACGACGCUGGUGGUCCCGGUGGUCGUCCCGGUGGUCCCGGUGGUGGUGGUGGUCCCGGUGGUGGCGGCCCCAACGCUGGUGGUCCCAACGGUGGCCGUCCGGGCCCCGGCCGGGCCUGCCGCCUCAUGGCCGCCCUGGCCGGCAUCUUCCUCUGGGACCAGGAGAGGAUCCAGGAGGACGAACUGCACAGGUCUGUUGGCGAGAUGAGCCGGAUGGAAGAACUGUGUGGCGUGUUCCAGAGCAGCGGAGGAGAGUGCCGUGCCCCUCAGUUGAAAAGUCCAGCCGAAGGAAAGGCCGACGCAGCCAGCAAGGAGCCGCCGUGGGAAAUGGUGAUGGAUAAGAAACACUUCAAACUCUGGAGGCGUCCAAUUACCGGGACGCACCUGUACCAGUAUAGAGUUUUUGGGACCUACACAGAUGUGACACCCCGGCAGUUCUUCAAUGUUCAGCUGGACACGGAGUACAGGAAGAAGUGGGAUGCCCUGGUCAUCAAACUGGAAGUGAUUGAGAGGGACGUGGUUAGCGGAUCAGAGGUUGUGCACUGGGUGACUCACUUCCCGUACCCCAUGUAUUCACGGGACUACGUGUAUGUCCGGCGUUACAGCGUGGAUCACGAAAACAAUCUGAUGGUCCUGGUGUCCCGGGCAGUGGAGCACCCCGGGGUGCCAGAAUCUCCGGAGUUCGUGCGAGUCCGGUCUUAUGAGUCCCAGAUGGUCAUUCGCCCCCACAAAUCGUUUGAUGAGAACGGUUUUGAUUACUUGCUGACAUACAGUGACAACCCCCAGACUGUGUUUCCCCGGUACUGCGUCAGCUGGAUGGUCUCCAGCGGUAUGCCGGAUUUCCUGGAGAAGCUGCACACGGCCACGCUGAAAGCCAAGAACAUGGAGAUCAAAGUCAAGGACUACAUCUCAGCCAAGCCCCUGGAAGCCGGCGGCGAGGCCAAGGCGGGGACCGUGACCCCCGAGCGCAAGAGCGAAGGCUCCCGCGGCCCUGCCCGCAUGGACUACGCCUGACAGAGGCGGCAUUUCGGGCCGUGGACCCGGAUGAGCCGCGAGCCCGGUGAGAGCCCAGCAACCCCCGCCAAAGCAGCUCAGCGACCGGAACCUCCGUCGUCUCCGUACUAGGCUUUAUUUUGUGCCGUCUCCUCGUCCCCGACACUUACACGCCCGUCCGUCCGCUCACCAUCCCGCCGGCCCCCGCCCCCCGGAGUACGCGAGGCCGUUAGAUUCAGGAAAGCUGUCCCGUCCCCAGGCAGGAAGGAGGCCCGUGGUCUCCACGUGCAGCAUCGUGGCUCUCACUGAGCUGCCCUAGGACAACCGUCUUCCCUCUCUAAAAUCGGAACCGCAAACCCUUUUUUCCCUUUCUGAGCUCUUUC